AGAAGAAGACACACAUACUACCAGUAGAAGGAGAGACGUACGUGACGUACGUCGCAUCAACAACACCACCACCACAAAAACGCAGAAGAAGACGACGAGGAAGCAGACGAAGAAGAAGAAGACGAUUGCCUUCUUUCAUUCAUAAGCAAUGAAUAGGAAUAUAGUAAAAUUCUAUGCAACACUAUUCAUCAUGCUGUCAUCAGUUGUGUUAAUCACAGACUGCUGUUCAAGCAGAUCCAUGCCGAAAUCGCGCCCCCGACCAGUGUCCCACUUUCGCGGUGUGAUAACGACGUCGUCGGCCAAGAUUACGACGACGACCGGCAGUCACGGCAACCUGAACCUGAACGGCGGCGAUGGCGGCCAGCAGCAGCAGCAGAUGCCGGACUCGGCGACGGCGACCUUCACCCUGAUCACGACCAAGACGGCCAUCGUGACGGGGAGCGGACCGACCUCGACGGUGACGGACCCGCGGAGUGGCCCCGGCCCCGGAGGUACCACCAGCAGCAGCAGUUCGGAUCAACGGCAGAACCAGCCUCCGCAGCCGAACAAGGACCAGCUGAUGCGGAUGGGCAAGUGCUCGCUGCUGUUCGAGGAGAACUACUGCCUGAACGGGGGCAAGUGCUACAACUUUACGAUCGCCAACUCGACGAUGCCGACGUGCGAGUGCGCGGACGGGUUCAUGGGCGAACGGUGCGAGUCCAAGUACCUGGACGGAACUUAUCUGAGCAUGCGCAAGUCCAAGAUCCACAUCGAGACGGCCAGCAUCUAUUACGGCGCGUUUCUGGCACUGAUAGCGGUGCUCGUUUUGCUAUACUUCCUGCACUGCUUCCAAGCCGGAGCGGCGGCGGCGUCGGCGGUGAGUUCAGCUAGCGGAAGCAAGCAACUCCUGCUGAAGAAGAGCAAAAAGGUGGUGAGUUAGUCCGAGAGCGAGCGAGAUCUGUAUCCCCGAGCUGGUUGGGAUAGAUCGACGACCCCCCCACCAAUCCAUGACGACGACGACGACGACAACUCGAGAGUAGAGAGUUCUCUCCGGAGAGGGCGCGCGGGAGGAAAGGGACAUGGUCCUUGAAGGACACAGGUUUGCGUGCGCGCGUGCGCGCAAUAGAUUUGGUUUCGUUUGUUUUUGCAUGCUGGACGCGCAUGGGAAUUGAGAUUAGGGUAAAGGGCGCGCGCGCGCGCGCGAUUGCCAACUUCACACCUUUCUGGUUCAGGUUCAGUUUUUGCGCUGGAUUAGCAAGCUGAGAAGAACUGUUCCGUUGUGGAAUCGUCCUCCUCCUCCCCCCAACAAAAGACCCCGAACUAGACGACCUAAAACACAGCUGAACAGCUAAACAGAGAGAGAGAAAACGUAUUAUUAAAUUAUUCUUAGUUAGUUACUUAGUUAGAGCGAGAGAGAGAGAGAGUGAGAGUGGCCUUCCUUAACACGUGAGCGUCCAAGCGCGAUGAUAAUUUCCCAAUGUGUAAAAAGCUAGUUCCGUAAGUUCCGUAUAGUGUUUAAAAAGCCCGGGGAAACGCUUGCGCGUUUCUCCGUCAGCUUUUGUUUUUCUUUAUUUCCCCUCCCGCCUAGCCAUUUAAGACACAAAACACCCAAAAAAAUCCCUCACUCACACACUCACACAUUUUGUUAAACAGUAAAGUAAGAGCAAAAGCGUAGAAAGUUACUUGAGAAAAGUAGAACAAACAAUAGUCACACCCGAACAAACAAAACAAAAAAACUAAACCGAGACAACCGACAACGACAAUAGCCAUGCAAUGAUUAAACAGUAAACAAAACAAAACAAAAAAAAAGAUCAUUCUCACUUUGCACCCACAUUCAACACGUAAGCCAAAGAGUACGUUUUAGUACUUUUAUAAGUUGUAAGUUGCAAGCUUAUAUUUUUUUUGUUUAUUAUAUUUUUGCGCGCGCAAUAUCCCAACCUUCUACAU